CCAACAACCGAAUUAACUCGGAUCUUUUUUUUCCUACUACGAACCGCCAUUGCGAUCAACGACCACACAUACAUCAAAUCACCGUAGGUUUUGCACUUGAACUAUUCCUUAAUUCUCUCAUUCAUUGCUAACAUUUUCAAGAUGGGUCGUCUCCAAGAAUACCAGGUCAUUGGCCGCCACCUGCCUUCCGAGGCCAACCCUACCCCCAAGUUGUACCGCAUGCGAAUUUUUGCUCCCAAUGAGGUCGUAGCCAAGUCUCGCUUCUGGUACUUCUUGACCAAGCUAAAGAAGGUCAAGAAGGCCAACGGCGAGAUCGUCAGCAUGAACAAGAUUGCUGAGAAGAACCCUCUCCGUGUCAAGAACUUCGGCAUCUGGAUCCGAUACGACUCCCGAUCCGGUACUCACAACAUGUACAAGGAGUACCGCGAGAUGUCGCGAACCGAUGCCGUUGAGGCCCUCUACUCCGACAUGUCUGCCCGCCACCGCGCUAGAUUCCGGUCGGUUCACAUCCUACGCGUCGUUGAGGUCGAGAAGAUUGAGGACGUCAAGCGACCCUACAUCCGACAACUCGUCACCAAGGAUCUAUCCUUCCCCCUACCUCACCGUGUCCCCCGUAUCAGCAACAAGAAGGUGUUCAGCGCCACCCGACCUUCCACUUUCGCAUAAGGGUUUUUCGUGUCGUAGUUGGGAGGGGUUUGGGAAUCGGUCUGCCGGUGUUCAUUACGGAAUUGCGGAAAACUUGAUUAGCAUGUGUGCUCUCGACAGAUAGAGCAGCAAAUGCAUAUAACAGAUGACCAAACGAUGAUUCUUUUUUAAUUCAU